ACUUGGUAAACACGCGUACUGGUGACGUGAAAUAGAACGUACUGAUUAAGCACGCAUACUGGUGACGUCAUGUAGAACAUAUCUGCUAAAUACGCGUGCUGGUGACGUCACGUACAGUGCAGGAACUAGAAACGCUCAAAAGCUACGAGUCAAAGAUAACUUUUACACUGUGGUAGAGCUGUCUGAUCAAAGAAGACGCGGGGUGGUCUGUGUAAACAGUUUGUCUUCGUUGUUGAUGAGAAAUUGAUGGAACAUGAUCUGCUACUCCUAGCGACUGCGAUACAGUCACAACGUGUUGGACCGUAGAAACAGGCCGGCUGUUUAAAGAAAGUUUGUCUGUACCAAACAGUACAAAAACAACAGUCGUAUUGUUGUAUUUUCCUUUUGCUUUUGCUGUUGUUUUCGAAAGCCUUACAUAAGUUUCAUAACACCUUGACAAGGCAUUCUAUUGGCUCUUCGUCUUCUUCAAACUCUUUUAAACGCGCAAAUAAGUGAAUGCUACAUGUAUAUGUAUGAUAAUUAUGAACGUAUUCUCUCGUGCUUAAAUCUUAAUAUUUCAAACCAAACCAACAACGUUAGCAGCAGAAGUGUGACUGUGUAGUAAGUGUUUAAAGAAAUGGUUAGUUUAAACGGAUAUUUCCGAGGGAUUGAACGUUGCAUUAGGUAAUAUGAAAGUUUAGACAAUAGUAAAAGUUAUUCACUAUUUCAGUCCAAAAUGAAUCAAGUCGCGAUUACCGUGCCCAUUGACGAGGUUCGUACUUCGUGGCCGGUGUCCAUCGUUUGGCUGCUGUUGUCGUGUGUGGUCAGUAUGCUUUGUACUAUAAGUUCCGUCCAGCCUGAGUGGUAUGUCCGAACUGAUCCCGUAAAUGACAAUUAUCUUCAUUACGAACGAGAUUCUAUCCUUUAUAUGCUAGGCCUCAUGAGUGUUUGUUACCGUUGUCGACAAACUUCGUGCCACAGUUUCGGCGGGAACUUCCCGUCCUCUUCCUGGCAUAUGGCUUUCGUUUUGUACAUAGGCGGGUGUGUGUUGUCGGGGUGUUGUGUCCUAGUGAUGGUGUUUAGUUUUUUUGCAUUUGGAGAAAGGCGACGACAGAGUUUCACGGUUUACAUUGGAUAUAUACAGCUAACAGCAGUUCUGUUCCAGACUGUGGCGCUGCUGCUCUACCCUUUAGUCCUGACAACUUAUUUUGUACGUUUACACUGUGGGCCGCGUUCCGAUGUAUUCAAUCCAGUUACCUGUCGACUUGGCUGGGCUUAUAUGAUGGCUAUUACGGGAACUGCGUUGGGGUACUAUUGCCCCCUGCUGGCGAGAUAUUCUUCCUAUAAUAUCUACAGUACAAAGCUUCUUUGAAGAAAUGGAACAACAGCCUUUCACCAUAAAGUUUUCAAUGUAUAAAUAUUAUUUGUUUCAAAGAAAUAAAUCAAGCAUUGACAAUAAUUGUUUUAAACAUAGUAUAUGGUAUAUGCCAAUAUCAAAACACUUCACAUUUAAGACGACUGUAGGAAUAAUUUUAUUUUGAGAAAGAAGUAUUUGUUUUUGUCUGUGGUUUCUGGAUUAGAAAAACACGUAUGAAGAGAUAAGAAAAAAACUUUAUAGUCUCUGCCGUUUGUAGGAUGUAUAAAAGUGAAUUAAUUAGCGGUCUUCUUUCAGUGAAAAUUCAGACAGUGGACGUAUUUCUAGAAGGUUCUUGUUGUCAACUUGGGAACGGAUUUUGGAGGACGUUUUGGGCUCCAUGAUAGGCUAUCAGGUUAGAAGAAGGACUCGAGAUGAAGUCCGAAAUGUCAUCCACAAACCGUUCUGUAGAAAAACCAGUAUUCGGGAUUUUCUUUGUUAUUGAAUUACUUCAAACGACUCGUUAGAACGUUUGUAUAAUAUUAAGAUAUGAGCUCGGUGUCAGGGUGUGGCUUAAACGUGAGCCCAGCCCAGUAUCGGGACGUGACGUCUUAUCUUAAUAGCAUUCACUGUUAAGUCUGUAUAGUGUUGUCUUGGAUGUAUCUAUGUAGUCAAUAAAAUGAUCCCAA